CUGAGAAGCCCUAGUCAUGUUUUGUCUAAAACCCUGAACCCUCCAAAGUCUGCUUUCCGGUCUUCGGCUCCAGAAGUUUUUCAUUUCUCAGUUGCAGGAUCUCAUUAGGUUGCUGUGAGAAUGGCGUUGGUGGCGGCGAGGAACUCCAGCUUGAAGCGAGUAAUGAUACUGUCGCCUCGAAUUUACGCGGCGUGCUGCCGGGAAUCGGCGGUUUCGUCGCCGUUUUCCCCGCCGGAAUCGACGAUCGCGCCAUAUCAGACUUCGAAUCCAUAUUGGAGAUCCAUGGCCACUUUUACGCGCACGAAGCCUCAUGUGAAUGUGGGAACCAUUGGGCAUGUUGACCAUGGAAAGACCACCUUAACUGCAGCAAUCACUAGGGUCUUAGCAGAGGAGGGGAAAGCUAAGGCUGUUGCCUUCGAUGAAAUUGAUAAAGCUCCAGAAGAGAAAAAAAGAGGAAUUACAAUUGCCACGGCCCAUGUCGAAUAUGAAACCGCAAAGAGACAUUAUGCGCAUGUAGAUUGUCCUGGGCAUGCUGAUUAUGUCAAAAACAUGAUUACUGGAGCUGCACAAAUGGAUGGGGGUAUUCUUGUUGUAUCUGCCCCAGAUGGACCAAUGCCACAAACUAAGGAACACAUUCUGCUUGCACGCCAGGUUGGUGUACCAUCACUUGUGUGCUUCCUUAAUAAAGUUGAUGCUGUUGAUGACCCUGAAUUGCUGGAACUUGUGGAAAUGGAGUUACGUGAAUUGCUUAGCUUCUACAAGUUUCCUGGGGAUGAUAUUCCUAUUGUCCGAGGAUCAGCUUUGUCUGCAUUGGAGGGUACAAAUGAGGAAAUUGGGAGGAAGGCCAUCUUAAAGUUGAUGGAAGCUGUAGAUUCAUACAUACCAGACCCGAUACGGCAACUUGAUAAAUCUUUCUUGAUGCCGGUUGAGGAUGUUUUUACCAUUCAGGGGCGUGGUACUGUUGCAACUGGCCGAGUAGAACAGGGUGUAAUCAAACCUGGGGAAGAAGUAGAAAUCCUGGGUCUGUCUCAGAACAAACUUAAAACUACUGUAACUGGUGUUGAGAUGUUUAAAAAAACUUUGGAUUUUGGACAGGCUGGUGACAAUGUGGGACUUCUUCUACGUGGAUUGAAACGUGAUGAGAUCCAAAGAGGGAUGGUGAUUGCAAAACCAGGUACAAUUAAAACAUACACAAAAUUUGAGGCGGAGAUCUAUGUCCUCACAAAAGAAGAAGGUGGCCGUCACACCGCAUUCUUCUCGAACUAUAGACCCCAAUUUUACAUGAGGACCGCUGAUGUCACUGGUAAAGUCGAGUUGCCUGAAAAUGUUAAGAUGGUUAUGCCCGGCGACAAUGUGACUGCUGUUUUCGAACUUAUUUACCCGGUUCCUCUAGAAGCAGGACAAAGAUUUGCUCUUAGGGAAGGAGGUCGAACUGUCGGUGCUGGAGUCGUUUCAAAAGUUAUUAGUUAGUUAGACAGUGAUUUCUCGGCAUUUCCGGUUUUGUCUUCCCCGUAACUUUUCAGAUAAAUUUGUGGCUUCAAUAUACUUUUCACUGGCAAUGGCAUUUACGGCGUGUAACGAGUAACAUUCACUUGUUUGUCCAUAAAUUGUGUAUUAUGGAUCACUUGUCAUCUACAUUAGCAAUAAUCAAUACGUACCAUUUUCGCUUUCAA